CACACAAAUAAUAUAUUAAUAAUAUCAGAAGGAAGAGAAUUUUCACAAAUUAAAAGUGUAGAGAAUUAGUCGUUGCAUUUGCAGAUCUCUCACUUCCCUCUCUCUCUCCUUCCAAAUCCGAAAUCCUGAGUUUUUGUUACCACUAUGUCUUCCAAUUCCGAGCACUCCGAAUUGCAGAACGGAACCCCCGAACCUGAAUCCGAACCCGAAGCUGCAGCUGCAGUUGCAGUUGCUGCCGGACCUCCGGCUGCCGAUCCAGAUCCCCAGCUACCUGAUCCCAGCGACGCCGAAGUACAACAGCCGCCUGAUGCGGAGGUAUCUGUAGAAGUGCAAUCAGUUGAUGCUGAUGAGGCGGCGAAUUCUGUGCCGGAAGCAGAAAUUUCGGAUGAAUCAAGUGCCGCCGCGGCGGUGCAGUCGAACCAGGAGGCCGAGAGCGAUUCGAAGCUGGCGGCGGCGGAAGGGAAUCGGACGUUUACUAUGAGAGAAUUGCUGAACGAGUUGAAGAAUGGAGAUGCUAAUGACAACGAUGGAAGAGAGGUCGACACUCCUCGUAGCCUAGCGAACUCAGAACAGCAAAUUGAGCAAAAUAAUGCUGCUAUGGAGUUGAUUAAUAGUGUCACGGGUCUUGACGAGGAAGGUAGAUCUCGUCAAAGGAUUCUUACAUUCGCUGCCAAGAGAUAUGCAACUGCUCUAGAAAGAAAUCCAGAUGAUUAUGAUGCAUUGUACAAUUGGGCGCUGGUUCUUCAGGAAAGCGCUGAUAAUGUGAAUCCAGAAUCUAGUUCUCCUUCUAAGGAUGCUUUGCUUGAAGAAGCAUGCAGAAAGUAUGAGGAGGCUACCCGUCUUUGCCCCACGCUUAAUGAUGCUUAUUAUAAUUGGGCUAUAGCAAUCUCCGACCGGGCAAAAAUGCGUGGCCGUACAAAGGAAGCAGAGGAUCUCUGGAAACAGGCAACGAAGAAUUACGAAAAGGCUGUCCAACUGAAUUGGAACAGUCCCCAGGCACUUAACAAUUGGGGACUUGCUCUGCAGGAACUCAGUGCCAUUGUUCCAGCUCGUGAGAAACAGACGAUAGUGAAAACUGCUAUAGGCAAGUUCCGUUCAGCGAUCCAGUUACAGUUUGAUUUCCAUAGGGCGAUCUACAAUCUUGGAACUGUUCUGUAUGGAUUAGCAGAGGACAUAUCAAGAACUGGAGGACAUGUGAAUCCAAAGGAUGUCUCUCCUGAUGAGUUAUACAGCCAAUCUGCUAUAUACAUUGCAGCUGCGCAUGCUUUGAAGCCCAAUUACUCGGUUUACACUAGUGCUUUAAAGCUCGUGCGAUCUAUGCUGCCUCUGCCAUAUCUGAAGGUUGGU